AAUCAGUUUGAUUUAUUCAAAAUCACGAAGCAAGAUCAGCUAGUGAAUUCGUUGAAGAAUGAAAAUGAAAUGACGAUCAAUGCCAUCAACUAAAAUACUUUUCUUCAGUUUUUGGUCUUUUUUCGUUUCUCUGCUAUGGAGAGAUAUUUUUUCUGUGAUUAUCUAUCAUUUAAUAGUGAUUUAAUCGAAAUUUCUGAUCACAGAGUAAAGCAAAUGAUUACAGACAUUUAAUAGAAAUUUCAUGCAUUUUGAUAGAUACAAUAAUGUUAAUAGUAUAGAAACACCAAUUGUUACAGUGUGUUCUUCUAUAACAUCUACCUCGAUCCUAUCUAUUCUCUUUUCUUUCUUAUUUUCGUUUCUUUUAUUUCUUUCCUUUGCACUUCAUUGACCUCUAUAUUCUUCUAUAUUUUGUCCUUAAUUUUCAUGUGUGUAUAUAAACACUUGUUUUGGAAAAGACUAAACAGAGAGAAUAAACCGCACACACACGUUAACUGUGUUCGUCGCUCUUUGUGAGCGCGAACGCUAACACCAAUAAUUAUUGUUUAUGUUAUUAGAUCAACAAUUGAUCUAUUUCGAUGUUUUUGUUUUUUUGUUUUAAUCUUUUUGUAUUCAAGAAAAAACUGUUUUUUGCUUUAAUAAUAAAAUAAUAACAUGACACGUAAUUGUCAGAUGAGAUAAAAUUUCUUUUUGCUGUUAAGUAAAAUGAGACCAUCAUCAGAACGACAACUAAAAGUUGAAUGUGGUAUUGAACCAAGACUUUUCACCACGACUUAAACCAUCACCAGAAAUUAAACGAUGAUCAACAUCAACAGCAUAACUUAGUACACCAUCAAUACCAUCGAUUAUAUCAAUAAUUGGAACAAUAACACCUAUUCAUCAAUUAAAAGUGGGAUCUCUAGAUGAAGAAAUAAUAAUCGUGAGUGUAGUUGCUGUAAUAAGUACACACAUUGUUCCAGUUAUUGAUAAAAUCGAUGGUAUUAAUGGUGUACUAGGUUAUGCUGUUGGUGUUGAUCAUCGUUUAAUUUCGGGUGAUGGUUUAAGUCAUGGUGAAAAAUCUUGGUUCAACAUUACAUUCAAUUUUUAG